AUGGUACUCAAGAACAAGGACCAACUCGUCGCGACACAGGCAAACGCUACUGAAGCAUUACUCGCAAUCGAAGCAUCGGGUGAUCUCAGCGAUCAAUCAAACUCCAGUUCCGACGAUAUCAUCUACACGCCCCCAGAAAUCACAACCAACGACAUGACAUCUUUACCAGACAGCGAGGGUACUUUGCCUUCCCUCCAAGCGAACAAAUCACAAGAAGCCGCUGAUACCUCAUUUGCUAUCAUAUCAGCAUCCCACAGCCCCAUCCCCACCCUUCAAGACCCCAGUUCGGCCAACAUUAGCAAGCGCGAGUACAUUUACUUCCUCCCUUACCCACUGCCCCCAAACACUGAUAUUCCAUACUCGAUCCACCUCCCCCACAAGAACCCGCUGAACCUGCCAUCCCACCAAUUUGAGCCUACAACCACCUUGGUACUAACAAGCCCCAACCACACUUUUGUCGACAUCCGCAUCUAUAAAUCCUUCAAGAACCCAGAUAGUACCGACUCCAGCCCACUCCCCUCAGCGCAAUCCCCCAACCGCGGAAACCCUCAACACCUAGACUGGGCCUUCUCCGGCACCUCGUCUUCUGUACCCAUCACCCUACCACCCAGCAGCCCCCACCACGGCAAAUCCAAAAAGCAGCUUGAAGAAGAGACGUGGGAGAACGUCACACACUCAACAUGGACGCACUGGAUCGACUCGCGGCAUCCGGUUGGUAGUAAGGAUAUUCCUGUUGAUGAGGGGGAUAUGUAUCCUAUUGCUCCGGGGCUUACAUUGGAGGUGGGACAUGGGUUUCAUCCUGCGCUAAACGCGGUGAAGACGCAUGAGGAGAUGUGGAGGGAUGAUGAUGUGAGGAGCACGAAUAAGGAAGGGAGUAAGAUUUGUGUUGUUAUGCGGUGUCAGGCUGAUGCGGCGGGGGUGAGGGGGGUGGUUGUUAGAUUGGGGCAGUAUUGUCAGGGUAUCAUGAUGGCUGGUGAGAAGACGACGGUUGAGCGAUGGGAGUGGAAAGAUGAGCAUGCUGGGAAGGGAGAGGUAGAGAAGUGGAAGAGGGAGAUUAGGGUGGGUGAUGGGUUCGUGCCUUGUGGGGUUGCGUUUAGGCCCGAGGUGCUGGGAGUUGGUGCCGUGGUUAAGUUUCAUGACUUUGAAUGGACAGUGGAGGAGUGUUGGGAGUGGAAAUAG